CCUCCCCUUUCCUGGUACUUCAACCCUUGUAUUUACGGUCAUUUUGAGACCUGGAAUAUAAAUGUGGGUGGCUACUGGGAAAGCAUAAGCAUCCUUCACCACAAGUCUCUGCAUCGAAGAGAAACAAGAAGAAGUCAACGUGCCAGAAACCUCUUACUAAAGCCAUGCUCUCAAAGGUACAGAUGUUUGUCAUGCAGAAAACCUUAAGACCGGUGCAGGCUGUCAGAGCACUGCAUAAGUCUGCAGUGGAAGAGCUGAAGCGCCCGGAUCCUGAGGACACAGUCACUGCUAGUUUUGGGAAGUUCAUCAGUGAAAUCAAGCCCCAGCAUUUAUCACCUGUCAUGCUCCACCGCAGCAAGCGGAUGGUCCUGGACAGCAUUGGAGUCGGUCUGAUUGGAAGCACAACGGAUGUGUUUGAACUGGUCCUACAGCACUGCCAGCAUAUGUACGCCCCAGAUAACAUCAGCUCGGUGUACGGCCGCAGGGGCAUCAGGCUCUCCCCAACACUGGCCGCUUUUGUCAAUGGAGUGGCGACUCACUCCAUGGACUUUGAUGAUACAUGGCACCCUGCCACCCAUCCCUCGGGAGCCGUUCUUCCUGCUGUGUUAGCUGUCAGUGACAUGAUGCCUUCUGUUAGUAAGCCUAGCGGCCUGGAGUUCCUGCUCGCCUUCAAUGUUGGCGUGGAGAUCCAGGGACGUCUAAUGAGGUUCUCUAACGAGGCCCACAACAUCCCCAAGAGGUUUCAUCCACCCAGCGUGGUGGGCACCAUGGGAAGUGCAGCGGCCUGUGCUCGCCUCUUGUCUCUGGAUGCCUCCCAGUGCAGUCAUGCCUUGGCUAUAGCUGCCUCUUUAGCUGGGGCCCCAAUGGCUAAUGCUGCCACUCAGUCUAAACCCCUUCAUAUUGGUAAUGCUUCGCGCCUGGGGCUUGAAGCCGCUCUGCUGGCCUCUCGAGGCCUAGAGGCCAGUCCUCUAGUCCUGGAUGCUGUUGCAGGAGUGGCAGGCUUUAAUGCUUUUUAUGAAGAUUAUGUGCCCCGGCCUUUAGAAUCACCCAGCGAUGACGGCCAUGUGUUCCUGUUAGAGGAGCAGGACAUGGGCUUCAAGCGCUUUCCUGCUCAUCUGGGGAUGCACUGGGUGGCAGACGCUGCAGCCUCGGUCCAUAAACGUCUUGUGGGAGUUGAAGAUGGUAAAUUCUCCCAAGCUCGCGUCCGAGACAUCCUGCUCAGAGUGCCUAAGUCUAAAUACAUCAACAGGCCGUUCCCUGAGUCUGAGCACGAGGCACGCCAUUCUUUCCAGUACAAUGCUUGCACCGCUCUCCUGGAUGGUGAGGUGACUGUGCAGUCUUUCACCCCAGACGCCAUGAGGCGUCCUGAGCUGCUCAGCCUGCUGAGCCGUGUUCGGUUGGAACAUCCUCAUGACAACCCCGCUAAUUUCAACCGUAUGUACGGUGAAGUCCAGGUCACGCUGGUUGGGGGGGACAUUCUAAGUGGCCGAUGUGACACUUUCUACGGUCACUGGAGAAACCCACUGACGAAUGAGAGCCUGGUGAAGAAGUUCAGAAACAACGCAGCGACGGUGCUUCCAUCAGAGAAGGUUGAGCGGCUGAUCGAGGCGGUGGGGGAACUGGACAGAUUGGAGGACUGCGGGGUUGUUCUCUCACAGCUGCAAUGAACAACUGCAGACGUAUAGAAAGAAAAAAAUGACUGUAUAUGACUAAAUUAAGUGGUUAUAUGGUAAUAUCAUUUGAAAAAAUUACAUUAGUCCAAAUCAAUGUUGCACAUUUACACUUUUCUACCUUACAAUAUACAAUAUAUAUCAUACUACUGCAGGUAGUCUGUUUAUUGAUUAUUAUCCAUGCAUUACAAACAUCUUUCACUGACAUUUUUCGUAAAUCUUUACUGAAAAAUAUUGAUAAACCUGUUGAGGCUGUACAUGAUUUAUUUGCAUGAAUAUAGAAAAGUUUUAUCUUUAAACUUUACAGAGAAAUCUAUCAUAGAACUUAAUAAAUGUGAUCAAAUGGGUAAAAGGGGAUUUUUCUAUGAGUGCUCUCAGAUAUCACUGUUCGAUACAUAUGGUAUACAGUGUGAGGGUGUGUAUAUAUAUAUAUAUGUAUUGUUGACAUAAUACUGUUCUUUUUGUUGUUGUUGAAUGUUUCUGUUUACACUGAAAUUAAAUGUCCUGCUUGUAUGUUU